AUGAUCUCCGCCAAUCUCUUCCGCCCUCUCCGCCCCCGCCCUGCACACCACUAUGACGAUGAUGGUGGUCGUGAUGAAGAUGACGAUGAGGACGAGAAUGAUGCCAGCUGGCCCCAUCUCAGCAUAGUGUACGACAUACUCCUCCAGUUGGUUAUCAAUCUUGAACCCAACACUCUCCCCAACUACAUCGAUCAUUCCUUCAUUGUCAGGCUGCUCAACGUUUUCCAUACUCAGGACGAAAGGGAACGAAACCGCCUCAAGAUCGUGUGCCACAAGAUAUACUCCAGGCUGCACACGUCGAGAUCCUUCAUCAGGAAGGCAACAGCUAACGUGAUUUUGGACUACAUUUUCGAUUCAGAAACUCCUACUAGUAGUAGCAGUAGGAUGCAGUAUUACAACUACGACUGCAGGGGAAUCGGGAUCGGGAUCGGAAUCGGAGAUCUAUUGGAGAUAUGGGGAAGCAUAAUAAAUGGUUUCAGCGUACCGCUCAAGGAAGAACACAGAGUUUUCUUGAGCAAAGUCCUGGUCCCCCUGCACAGGCCAAAGGAGAUGCAGGCGUACCACAAGCAGCUGGCCUAUUGCAUAUACCAAUUCGUGGAGAAGGAUCCCCGAUUGGGGGCGGAGGUGCUCAGAAGCAUUCUCAAGUACUGGCCAAAGACUAAUUGCCACAAGGAGGUGCUGUUGAUCGGGGAGGUGGAGGAAUUGGUGGACAGGAUGACGAUGACAUUAGAGUCACCUGCUGCAGAGAAACAAAACAAUUACCAGUACCACAACCAUCCGCGGGUUCUUCUGCAGGCUCUGGCUCUGCCUCUCUGCACCCAGAUGACCAAGUGUUUGAGCAGUUGGAAUGUACAGGUUGCAGAGAGGGCGCACUAUGUUUGGAUGAAGGAGCAAUUUGUGAAGACGGUGGCGGUGGCGGGGUCGGAGGAGGGAGUGUUUGGAGUUAUAGUGGGAGGGAUUGAGAAGAAUCUGAGAGAGCACUGGAGCAGGAGCGUGCGAGAACUGUCGCAGAAUGUCAAGCAAGUGCUGGAGGAAAUGGAACCGGAGCUCUAUGCAGCAGCUGCUGCUGCUGGUGAAUCUGAAGAUAGUAGAAGUACUAGUAUGAGGUGGAGGAGGAAGAGGGAGAGGCGUUGGGAAAGAGUGGAGAUGGCAGCACAGAUUAAUCAAUUCAUACGAGAUCAGUUGCAAUGCAAGCUUCCUCCGUCUCCGUCUCCGUCUCCGUCUCCAUCUCCAUCUUCGUAA